AUGUCGUUCCGGAGGUAGAAUAAUCUAGGAAAUUCUUGAAAAACAAACCUCUUGCAAUUUGGUCUUGUCCCGUUGUUUGCAGUGCAAACGUACAAGAUGACGACAUUGCUUUUCGCCGGCACGAUUUUCGUCUGCUGCCUUGUUUCGAGCACAGGUUGGUCUCAGAGUUGUCAGGAUCAAGAUACGGGAUGGGAAAAGAUCGUCGGAGCAAAGCCAGCAAACGCUGUAGAGGCUGUAAUUUACAAAAACGGUGGGAUGUCCACAAGUAACAACGGUAUCGUCGCGCCUUGCUUCGAUAGGUGUAAACGUUUGAAUUGCACAGCUUUCGUAAUCGACUUCGCGAGGAACAUCUGCUACAGCGUGCAAGUAAAAAGCGAGGAACUCAUUCCCGAAACAAAUACUACACUUUUCAAUAAAAUCUGUGUUACAGUCCCAUCAAACUGCAAACAACAGCGAUUGUGGCAAGUAGAAAGAACCUUGGGAGCUGUUUUGAAAGAGGGACAGUCUGGCUGGUUUCAUCAAGCAUUACGGAGAAGCGAGUGUUACGAGAAGUGUCUACAAGCAGGAAACGAAUGUGUAUCUGCGCAAUUUCGUACGGGCGAGCCUUUGUCAAUCAAUGAUACUAUUGGCACGUGUUCGUUGUCAAGACUCGAAAGGGGUACCAGACCGCAAGCCUACAGAUCGUCGAUGUAUCGAGACGAAUAUCUGCAGGAUCAGUGCCAUAACAUAACGACGAAGAGCUAUUGUUCCUACGCGGAAUUUCGGAACGUAUCAUUGCCAUACUCGGACGUGGCGUUACCAGGACUGGAUGUAAAGCAGUGCGAGAGGAGAUGUGAUCGCAGUAUGGAUGGUUUCAUGUGCAGAGCUUAUACUGUCGAUUAUUCGGAGGAGAAACCGCUUUGCCUGUUGCAUUCCGACAGCACAAUCGGUCUUGGAGUCAGUUCAUUGGUUACCAGACCUAAUGUGGUGUACAAGGAGCAAGAACCUUGUAUAGAUCUGAAAGUGGAAUGUGGCGAAUCAACAAUGACAAUAAUAUUAACUACUGCGGAGCCCUUCAUAGGACGGAUGUACGCGAAUGGGUAUGGAGACAUUCCGACCUGCAGCGUUAAUGGUAUUGGGAAAAAUGUGACGAUAUUAAAAUUACCGCUACCAAAGAAAGAGGAAAUUGAAAAGCCUGAUAUCGCAUGCGGCCUUACACCCGCGUUUUCUAUUAACAAUGAAAAUAGGACGCACAUAUUGAUUUCGGGCAUUAUUGUAAUACAGUACAAUCCAAUCAUUCAGCGAUUGGGAGAUCAGUCGGUAAGAGUUGGAUGCACCUUAGAUGAGGGCGGUCUUCCAGGACCGAUGAACGUGACCGUUCAUUCAAAUUUCUCUUUCGAGGAUCCAAACGCAGGCGUACCGCCGGUUGGCUCAAUUGUAGUGAACACUUCGUCCGAAGCACCAGUAGUAACGAUGAGGAUCCUCAACGAAAGCAAUAUGGACGCUAUCGUUACCCAAUUGGGACAGAAGUUAACUCUCAGAAUUGAAAUUCAUCCCGUAAAUGGAACUUACGACAUCGCAGCUGGACAUCUCGUAGCUAGUAGUGCGUCCGGAGAAUCCUCUUACCUUCUUCUUGACGAAAUUGGAUGUCCAACAGAUCCGGCGACCUUUCCCGCGCUAUUGAAGGAUCCAAUCGAUAAUCGUUCUUUGAUCUCAACAUUUACUGCCUUUAAAUUUCCCGACAGUCAAAUCGUUCGAUUUAACGUCAUCGUUAGAUUUUGUGUCGAAGAAUGUGAACCGGCUAUAUGCAGAGGAGGACAGCCAUCGUACGGUAGGAAGCGACGAUCGAUCGAGGAACCAGUCACUGCCGAGGUAACUGAAAUUUUCAGAAACCUCACGCCCGUGGAAUUACCGUUAGAACUAUCUAUCGUCGUACAAAGUCCAGUGAUAACGGCAGACCAUUUAUCCAGCGAAAAUCCUGAUACGCUUUUGAUCACCGGUGGAAAAACGGAUAGUCUCUUUUGCGUGAACGCGAGUCUAGCUCUGGGUCUUCUAAUCUUUUGGUUAAUAAUUCAAAUUGCACUCACCGCUGGUUGCAUUAUAGCCGUUCGUCGUUAUAGAAAAAUGGCUGUAGAAGCUGAAGAAGAUAGAGCUCAGAUAUUGGCGAGACAUCUUUACGGGAUUCAUGGAGGAAACUUUGAAAUCGCACGAAGGGUUAGGUGGGCAGAUCGAAACGAUUCCUCAAUCGGAUGAUAGAUUGAUUUUCUGCAUUUUUCAAACGCAA